GUAGCGGAGCCUCGUGUUGGUUGGGUUUGCUCCCUGCCUCUACCCGGGCUCAGUAACACAACUCCCACAACAAUUUCUGUCGGUUUUUUACGCAUUGUAUGGAGCCUCCAUCAUAUCUCUAACCCAUUUACGGAACCGGAACCGGGGGGAUGGAAGCCGGAUUGGGUCCGGUGUAAGGGGUGGGAAUGAAUCGGCACAAGGAUAAAUGGUUAUAAACAAUUAUUUAUAUUCAAUGCUAGCUUUUGAUUGUGACUGACUCGCCGAGAGAGGGAGAGAGAGGUGGUGGGGGGGGUAUAUCAUGGCCGCUCAGGUCGCCAGCGCCGCCACUCUUAACACUAGCCCGCCGUCCGAACUCAAAAAGCCGGAUCGAGACCCCAAGGAGGAGACGGUACCGGGGGAGAAGCAGUCAGACAAAAAGCAGCCGGGCUUGGACAGCGGAUCGCCGGGCCGGGGGGAGCUGCAGGACGGGGUCGACGGUGGAAAUGCAGGGGGAGGAGGGGAACCUGAGAUGAAGAACGGGAAUGGGAACCCGCCCAGGGCUAACAAUAAUAACCAGAAUGACUCUGUCGGACCGGAGGGAAAUAACCACCCCGGUUUGGUGCAUCACCACGGCCCCGCUUUUCCUCCACCUUCGUACGGAUACAGUCAGCACUACGGUCGGGCCCCUUUUCAUCAACAUGGCGGACAACAAAGCCCUGGCAUGGCAGCUGCUGCGGGUCCGGUCGUGCAGUCGAGCAACAUGAUGGACCCGUAUCAGCCCAAUUCACACGACCAUGGCUUUUCAAACCACCAGUUUAACAAUUACAACCCUUUCCCGAACAGGACUCCCUAUCCCGGCCAAGCGUACGCCAUGAACUCCCCUCGCAGUACCCAGGCGCCGACAGCUGGGGGGCAGCCAGCUAAUGUUAAGCAGCAGCAGCAGCCACCAGCGGGAGGACCCACGGCGAUGGCUGGAUCUUACAAUAACCAGAGAUAUAACAUUGGAAACCCUCAGCCUACAUCCACACCGACACUCAACAAGCUCCUGACCUCCCCCAGCUCAACGCGGGCAUAUCCAAACUACCCGUCCGGCGACUACAGCAGCCAAGAGGGAGCUAGUAAGGGACCAGCAGACAUGGGCAGUAGCGGUCUGUAUGGAGGGAGCAACCCGGGCUGGCAACAAAGAAGCCAUCUCCCGUCGCCCAUGAGCCCGGGAAGUGCCGGGCAGCCGCUAGUUAGAAACCAGCCACCUGGUCCCAUUGACCCAAUGGGGAAAAUGAGAGCUCAACCAUACGGAGCAGGCAGCCCUUACAGUCAGCAGUCGCAGCAGGGGCCUCCCACAGGUCCACAACAGGGUCCUGGUUACCCUGGCCAGGGUUAUGGCCCACCAGGUCCUCAGCGGUAUCCAGUGGGAAUUCAAGGACGUACCCCUGGAGGCAUGGGUGGCAUGCCGUAUGGUCCCCAGAUGGGAUCUUACGGACAGCAGGGACCAGGAGGCUAUGGCACUCAGGGCCAGGCACCAUAUUACGGCCAGCCGGGCCAGGCUCCCCACCCAAGCCAGCAGCAAACCCCCUAUUCCCAGCCCCCACAAGGACAACCGGGUGGCCAGACCCCUUACACAGGGCAACCCCACCCUCCGCCGACGUCUGCCACACACACCCAAGGAGGACCACCCUAUCAGCAGCCCCACAUGCCCCCACAGUCCCAGGGGCCACUGCCAGGCCCAUCUCAAGGGCCCCCACAGUCUGGCCAGUCUCUCUAUCCUCAGCCACAGGGUCCUCCCAGCCAGGCCCCACAGCAGCCAAGUUCCCAGGAUCCCCCUGGGUCACAGGGCCAGUCCAACUACCCAGGAUCCACACAGGGGCCUCAGCAGCCCUCCUCGCAGCAACAGCAGGCACAAUCUCAGCCUCCACAGCAGCCACCAGGACACAGCCAACACCCACAGGGCCAGCCUGCAGCUUACCCGCAGAACCCUCAGCAACAGCAGCAGCAAGCACAACAGUCACCUUAUCAGCGCUUUCCUCCUCCACCACAACAGGAGGUAUCCCAGGACUCUUUUCAGUCCAGCGCCCCUCCAUCCACUCAGCCGAAAUCUGGCCCAGAGGACAGUCAAGGCCGCCCCUCCAGCCUUCCGGACCUGUCAGGGUCCAUCGAUGACCUGCCUACAGGUACAGAGGGCGCCCUGAGUCCCGGUGUGAGCACGUCAGGUGUGUCAAGCAGCCAGGGAGAGCAGAGUAACCAGGCGCAGUCGCCUUUCUCCCCUCACACGUCUCCCCACCUGCCAGGCAUUCGUGGGCCUUCACCUUCCCCAGCUGGAUCCCCUGCCAGUGCCAGCACACCUCGGACAGGACCGCUGUCGCCUGCUAACAUGCCAGUGACCCAGAUGCCUCCCAGGCCAUCAAGUGUACAGUCAGAUGGGAGUCUGCACCCUGCAAUGAGCCAGUCUCCUAUGGCCCAGGACAGAGGUUUUAUGCAGAGAAACCCUCAGAUGCCCCCUUAUGGCUCCCCCCAGUCUGCCUCUGCACUGUCACCUCGCCAGUCCUCAGGGGGACAGAUGCAUCCUGGGAUGGGCCCAUAUCAGCAGAACAACUCCAUGGGUGGCUAUGGACAGCAGGGAGGACAAUAUGGACCCCAAGGUUAUCCCCGGCAACCUGGUUAUGGCAACAUGCCCAAUGCAAACUACCCCGGGCCAGGCAUGGGCCCAAUGAACCCCAUGGCAGGACAGGGUGGGGGACCGCCAUAUACUGGCAUGCCUCCAGGAAGGAUGCCCCCUAAUCAAAUGGGGCCACGUCCCUAUGGCCCCAAUAUGGGUCCAAAUAUGGGCCCCAACAUGGGUCCAAACAUACCACCCAACAUGGGCAACAUGCCCCCCCAGGUAGGCUCAGGAAUGUGUCCUCCUCCCGGCAUGAACAGAAAGCCCCAGGACCCUGCGGCCAUGCAGCACCCUGCAACCAACUCCAUGCACAACAGGAUGCCUGGUUACCCCAACAUGUCUCCGGGCAUGAUGGGCUCCGGCCCACCCUAUGGCCCUCCCAUGAACAACAUGCCUGGAAUGAUGAAUACUCAAGGUGGAUCACCUUAUCCAUUGGGGCCAAACAUGCCCAAUAACUCAAGUGGCAUGGCCCCCAGCCCAGAGGUGAACAAUAAGAUGAAUAACAAAGUAGAUGGGAGUGUAACACCCAAGCCAGAGCCCAAAUCUAAGAAGUCCAACUCUUCCACCACAACGAAUGAAAAGAUAACACGCCUGUAUGAGUUAGGACCAGAGCCAGACAGGAAGAUGUGGGUGGACCAUUAUUUGGCCUUCAUUGAAGAGAAAGCCAUGCCCAUGACCAACCUGCCCGCUGUGGGACGCAAACCCCUCGACCUCUUCCGGUUGUAUAUGUCAGUUAAAGAGAUCGGAGGCAUGACACAGGUGAAUAAGAAUAAGAAAUGGCGUGAUCUGGCCACUUCCCUGAAUGUGGGUACAUCCAGCAGUGCUGCCAGUUCUUUAAAGAAACAGUACAUCCAGUGUCUGUACGCGUUUGAGUGUAAAGUUGAGCGUGGUGAGGAUCCUCCUCCUGAGAUUUUUACUGACAACAAAAAGAACCAAGCUGCUAAAGUCCAGCCCCCCUCUCCAGCGUCCCUCUGCUCCACAGCUGGGUCUGGCUCUUUGCAGGGUCCUCAGACACCCCAGUCCACCAGCAGCUCCAUGGCUGAGGGGGGAGACCUAAAACCUCCCACCCCAGCCUCCACUCCUCAUACCCAGAUGCCCCCUAUGCCACCUGGGUCCAGGAGCAGCGUUAACCUGCAGGACCCCUUCUCUGAGGGAAAUGACCCUGCUUUCCCUAGGAAGAACAUGACGCCCAACUCCGCCUAUCAGUCUGGCAUGAACACACCAGACAUGCAAGGGCGCAUGGGCACCUACGAACCCAACAAGGACCCCUUUAGUAACAUGCGGAAAGUCGGGGAGCAGUUUCUACCUGCUAACCAGGGCCCGAACAGUGUGGUGGGUGACCAACAGCAGCACAGCAAGCAGCAGCCUCCAUUCAACAGGGGACCGCCAGGAGCCAUGGGCACAAUGCCAAUGGGGCCCAGACAGCAGUAUCCUUAUGGACCAGGCUACGACAGGAGAUCGGAGCAAGGAAUGGGCCCAGAGGGCAACAUGGGAUCCGGUGCUCCUCAGCCAAACCCUAUGAUGCCUGCCAACGCCGACACGGGGAUGUAUUCGCCAAAUCGCUUCCCACCACAACAGCCACGGCAUGAUUCCUAUGGUAAUCAGUAUCCUGGACAGGGAACGCCCCCUACUGGCUCCUACCCAAAUCAGCAGCCUGGAAUGUACCCACAACAACAACAGAGUUACAAGCGUCCUGUGGAAGGGGGUUAUCCUCCAUCAAAACGUCAUGAGACAGAGUACACUGGGCCCUUCCAUGGUGGACAGCAACCACCACAGCAACAACAACAGCAAGGAGGUGCCUCUGCACCCUCUUCAGGACAGCAGGAGACGUACAAUCAGUACAGCGGCAGUGGGCCCUACCCCGGCUCUGAUCGCCGUCCACCUGGUCCAGGCAAUCAGUUCCCCUUUCCAUUUGGUCGUGAACGAAUGCAGGGAGCGACAGGACCCAACACUCAGCCCAACAUGCCCCCUCAGAUGAUGCAGUCAGGCCCUGAGGGUCCUCAGGGAGGUAUGUGGCAGGGGCCACGAGACAUGAACUAUCAGAACUACCCCAACCGGCAGGGUGGCCCUGGGGGCCCACCACAGGGACCUGGUUACCCUGGCAUGAACCGCUCAGAGGAGAUGAUGUCAUCAGAACAGCGCAUGAAUCAUGAUGGCCAGUGGGGAAGUCAGAUGGGUCCACGGCAGCCUCCUUAUGGUCCAGCAGGACCUGGCCAACCUAUGCCUCGUUCAGUACAGUCAAACUACCAGCCCCCUCAGGGUGUGCAGAACCACAUUCCACAGGUGUCCAGCCCAGCCUCCAUGCCCCGCCCCAUGGAGAGCAGGACAUCACCUAGUAAAUCUACCUAUAUGCACGGAGUAAUGAAGAUGCAGAAGGCCGGCCCUCCAGUGCCUGCAUCUCACAUAGUGCCCCCUCCGGUGCAGUCGCCUUUGAUAAGGCGAGACAUGCCUUUUCCCCCGGGCUCGAUAGAAGCUUCGCAUCCUGUCCUGAAACCACGUCGGAGACUCACAGUAAAAGAUAUCGGAACUCCUGAGGCCUGGAGAGUCAUGAUGUCAUUAAAGUCUGGUUUAUUGGCUGAGAGUACGUGGGCCUUAGAUACCAUCAACAUCCUCCUGUAUGAUGACAACAGUAUUUCCACCUUUGAUCUAAACACGUUGCCUGGCCUACUAGAGUUGGUGGUUGAGUAUUUCAGACGCUGCCUCAUUGAAAUCUUUGGCAUUCUGCGGGAGUAUGAGGUGGGAGACCCUGGCCAGAGGACACUACUUGAUCCUGAUGCCUUGAAACGAGACUGGGAAAGCACAGAAGAAGAGGAAACACAGGCUGAGGACAUGGAACAAGAGGAAGAAGAUGACGAAGAAGAGGAGGAACGGGAAACGGAGGGGCCAGCUCAUGUAAAAGAGGAGGAAGAGCAAGAGCAGUGCUCGGAGUCUCGGGGGCGGGAUGAGAAGACAGAAGAUGAGCAGAGGAAGAGCAAAGGUUCUUCAUCUGAACAGACAGGCUCAUCACAAUCCUUAGCUGCCCACGAGAGACCCAAACAAGCCAGCAAGUUUGACAAGUUUCCCCUAAAAGUGGUACGAAAGAAAGACCCAUUUGUGGCAGGCCAGUCCAAUAAUCACGGUAAAAUGCAAGAGUUUGACAGCGGGUUGAUUCAUUGGAGUGCUGGAGGGGGAGACUCAACAGAACACAUCCAGACUCACUUUGAACCACGCAAAGACUUCUUGGAACCACGUGAACGAAUACCUGUGCCCCCAAUUUUGCUGAGGCGACGAGUCCCAGAAGAAGAGAUACAGGAAAGUUGUUUGCCCACUGAGGAAGAGAAAAGGAAGCCUCAGGAUGAAGAAGAAAGGCCCAAAGAGACAUCUUCCUCAGAGGAAGCAGCGGUCUCAGAGAAGGCCAGUCCCUCACUCAGCAGUGAGGAGGAGAGGAAAACUGAUUCUGAGGCAAAGACAGUUGAGAAAGGUGAAAAGAGUCACCAGGAGAAUAAUAGACCCAUUAUUUCCCCCGACAGUGUUUUAGUCCAGAAGGCAAAGCAGACUGGCACCAUCCUGGAGGAUGAGCCCCACAGUAAAGACGAGGGGCCGCUCAUUGCACUGGCUAACUGGCAGGAUUCUUUAGCCCGUCGCUGCAUAUGUGUGUCCAAUAUUGUCCGCAGCCUCUCCUUUGUGCCAGGCAAUGACCACGAGAUGUCCAAACAUCCAGGGCUGCUACUGCUACUGGGACGCCUGAUCCUGCUUCACCACAGGCACCCUGAGCGCAAACAGGCGCCGCUAACCUACGAGAAAGAUGAGGAUUCAGAAGAGGGAAUGGGCCAAAGGGAUGAAUGGUGGUGGGACUGCUUGGGGCUCCUGAGGGAGAACACGCUGGUCACUUUGGCAAACAUCUCAGGCCAACUCGAUCUCUCCAUAUACCCCGAGAGCAUCUGCUUGCCUCUGUUGGAUGGUCUUCUCCACUGGGCUGUCUGCCCCUCAGCAGAGGCCCAGGACCCCUUCCCCACCCUGGGUCCUCACAGUGCUUUGUCACCUCAGAGACUGGUCCUGGAGACGCUAAGCAAACUAAGCAUCCAAGACAACAAUGUGGACCUCAUCUUGGCCACUCCGCCAUUCAGUCGGUUGGAGAAGCUAUACGGGAACCUGGUGCGGCUAAUCGGAGACAGGAAGAUUGCAGUCUGCAGGGAGAUGGCCGUGGUCCUACUGGCAAACCUCGCCCAGGGUGAUACUAUGGCAGCCCGAUCAAUCGCUGUUCAGAAAGGCAGUGUGGGCAACUUGCUGGGCUUCCUGGAGGAUAGUCUGGCUGCCACACAGCUUCAGCAGAGCCAAAGCUCUCUACUACACCUUCAGGGGAUGCACUUCGAGCCCACAAGCCCGGACAUGAUGCGGCGAGCUGCCCGGGCUCUGCACGCCUUAGCCAAGGUGGAGGAGAACCACUCAGAGUUCACACUACAUGAGUCCCGACUCCUCGACCUUUCAGUGUCCCCCCUAAUGAACUCGCUGGUUUCUCAUGUUAUCUGUGAUGUACUCUUUUUGAUUGGCCAGUCAUGACAGCUGUAGGGAGCCGUGGCUCCACUUUUUGGGGGUUUUAUCCCCAAUCCCCUCUUACCUGGAAGCCUGGCUUGUGUGUGUAACAGGGCAAGCAAAGUUCAAGUGACUGUCUUUAAUUUAUGAAAAUCCUUCAGAUUCCAUUCUCUGAACCCUCCCCAGGCCGUCCUUGCUGGAGGAGGGUUAUCACAGAGCUGUGGUGGAUUACAAACCAGAGAGAUGCCCACAAAGUGACACUACUUGCAACAUGAAUGCCAACUGGAUGACACAGAGCAGAGCACCACGGUUGGGAGACUGUUCUGCACUUGGGGGAAAGUACUUUUUAUUAAAGAUAAAUAAAUGAAUAAAUAAAUAAAUAGCUGAAAAACAAAAACUGUAACCAAAGUUGCUGUCUCGUUUACAGUGAGUUUGGGAGACACAGUGUGCCCUAGCUCUCCCCUCGAGGGCACAAUGAGUCUGUAAGUGGUUGACGUUCAGAGGUGAAGCAGACUGACAAGUGGCCUACUGGUUAUAGUUGCUGUAGUUGGAUUUUCACCAGUCAGCCCAACAGUAGACUAAGUGCUGUCAAUAGACACCUUCACCGGGGAGGCCUGUGCAGUGUGCAGUAGAUUGUAGGACAUUUUCUGUACCGUACUGCUCUUGAGUGUAAGCAUUCUGUAACACACGUUUCACACAGAGGCAGAAGAUGCAGCUCUUCUAGAGUUUUGAGGUCAUUUUAGUUUGGUGUUAAACAGAAAAUGGCUUUCUUCCCCAAAGUAUCAAGAACCUACAACACCCUUACCUCCUCUUAUCCCUUGAUUGUAUGAAUACCCAUAUGAAAAGAAAUCACCUCUUAGGACUGGUUUUCAACUUCAAAUACAGCUUUGCUGUGGUGUAUAUAUAAUGUUGUACAUUACACUUCCUUUCUCUGUGUCUGUCUCUGUCUGUGUCACUAUUCUCACACUUGUUAUCGGUGAGGGAUUGAGGCUGACAUGUGAGUUUGGUCUGUGACCUCCAGUCCCCGCUGAUUAGACCCACUCCUCUGGUCUCUCCACAGCUCCGUAGUACAGCAGACACGGCUCGAACCUGUUAUCUCCUGGUACAACAAAAAUAAACUAGAUGAAGUACACAUUUGACAAUUUUUCUUCAGUCAUGGAUUCUGCAUAUUUGUAUUUCAGACUAUGUAGCUAAGACAACAUGUAAAUUCCUCCCUUUCCCUUUUUUGGCUCAAUGAAUAUCAUUUAUUCAGUAUGAAAUCUUUAUACUAUAUGUUCCACGUGGUAAGAAUAAAUGUACAUUAAAUCUU